AAGCGUUUUGUAGUAAGAGGCGUCGAUAACAACAGAGACAAAACGAAACAAUGAGUAAUUUUUAAGCUUUUAAAGCGAAAAUUAGUAUGGAACCAUGUUUAGAUUACCUAAGAAGAAUACAUGUGUUAGUGGUACUGCUAAUGUGUUUAAGCUAACCAGCGUUUAGUCAGUGCAUCGAAAAGUCUAGCAGCUGCAGGACCUCAUCUGUUGCUAUGUGUCGACCUUAGCGUCUGAGCUGGAACAAGUCACAAUAUCAAGGUUUUUAAUUUCAGGUAUGUCUCCGGAGGGCAAACCCCAAAGUCCCCCUCUUGGUUUCAGCCCCACAGGGGAGGAUUUUCCUCUGAGUCGUGGUGAACUAGAAAGCAGUGUUGUGCCAAAAGACAAACUGGCACACAGUGUAUGGGCAAGAGCUGGGUCUGGCCAUGAAUAUGUCAGCAAUGGGAAGAGGCCUUUUCUGACAGUCCUAGUUGAUGCAGAAGCUGCUGCAAGCGCUGCAGCAAUACAGCUUGUAGCUUUCAAAGAUGCAAUGGAAGAUGAAUUUGUGGGCUCUGGGAGGUCUACUAAAGACAAAAGCCAAAUUGUACGACAGAAAGGGCUUUUGCUGGAAAAGUUGGAAGAAUUUAAACGGCUAAAUAAAUCAGUACGACAGAAGCUGAAACAACUCCAAGAUGCAGAGAUAUAUCGAAUUGAUGCUGACAGAAAGAUGGACACCUUACUGAAAAGAAUCAGAAAGGCUGAAAGUGAAAAUGAGCAUUUAAAAAAAGAUCUUAAUGAGACCGAGCUGAGGAUUGAGAAAAUGAUGGAUAUGAGGAAGGAAGAGCAGGCGAACGUUAAAAGUGUGGUUCACAUUACCAAGUCUGCUGAAACGACCCGCGCUCGCCUGCAGGGACAACUGCGCAACAAGGAAGCGGAGAACAAUCGCCUGACUGUCCAGUUACGGUCCCUGGAGAGGACAGUAACAGAGCAGAAGCUGGAGAUCGAGCAGCUGAAGGCAUCCUUUGCCUCCCUGACUAAAAAGGCAGCACAGGAUAAAGAAUGUCUGAAGAAAGCAACUCGAGCCCAAAAACUGAGAGCAGAGAGAUUUGAAAUUGCUAUAGAGAAAUGCUACGCCCAGCUUAAGGAAAAGGAUGCUGAACUAGCUAAAGCCCGCUCAGAAAAAGAUUCCAGGAGACAGCAGAAGGAGCAGAUGACUGAUGAGAAAGAAAAACUUGUUGCUCACGUUAACCUUGUGAAAAGUCAAUUUGCAGAUUUGAAGCUGAGGUUGCAGAAACAGAAGCACGAGCUAAGUGCAGCUAAUGAAAGAAUGGCAGAAAGGCUUGAAAAACUGAUUGCGGAAAAUGGAGACCUUACCGUCAGCAAUGCAACACUCAAGGCGUCUGUAGCUCGGUUGGAGGAGCAGCUUGCUGAUUGUGAGUCGGCGCUCAUUGAGGAGAAAACUACUUCUCUAGAGAGGAAACGUGAAGCAGAACAAUGCCAGUAUGAGGUAGCAGAACUUAGAGCUGAGAUUGAAACCAUUCGAAUGAAACAUUCUGAUCUUUUGAGGGAAACUGAAAAGAGAAGAGGGGGAAAAGGAACCGAAGUUCAGAUGAUGGAGAGUCAAGCUAAACAGUUGAGUUCAUCUGUAGAGAUGAGAGAGUCGGUUCGUGAAGCCAAUCUGAAAGUGCAAGAAAAAGUCAAUUCGCUCCAAAGAAAAAUGGACCUGCUGCAGCAGGAGAACCUGGAGUUGGUCCGGAAGCUGGCAGCUCAGGAAGAGGCUCUUAACUACAGCAACCGGCAGCUGGAUCAGCGCUCCUCAGAGUGUCAGGCUUUAAACCGGCAGCUGGAAGCAGCUUUGUCAGAUGUCAGAGAGCAGGUGAACAAAGUAAAAAGUCAAGCCUCCUCCAGAGAAGAGACUCUUCAGACUAAAAUCCUGGAGCUGCAAGCUGAGAAGAGCAGAAUGGAUAAUGAACUGAGGCUUCUCCGUCAAAGCAAGCAAACGGCAGAAAAGCAGUUUGAGGUACGACUGAAGGACCUGCAGCUCAGUCUGGAUCAAUCAGAGAGCAACAACAGAAGCAUUCAGAACUACGUAGAUUUCCUCAAAAAUUCUUACAAGACAAUGUUUGAUGACGGGCUGCAAACAUCAGCUUUGGGAUCAUCUUAUUUUUUUAGAUGAUGAAAGCUUGAAUUAGUAAAGUUUUCUAAGUAAUUAUUUAUUUUAAAUAUGACUCAAGCAAGAAAAAUGUCAUCUCAGGUCCAAACUCUUGGUGCUACUUUUGUAGAUGUGACCGUAAACCAGCUGCAGCAGAAACAAUUAUCCUCAUCUGUGAGCUCUGAUAAUAUUGCUGAUUUCCCUCUUCUUUUUUAAGGGCACAUGUUUAGAUAAAAAAAAAAAACAUUUGAGUUUAUUUGGAAAAUAUUAAAUUUAAGACCUAUAAAGGUGGUAUUUGGUGAAUUUUCUUUACAACCCAAGAGUUGAUUGAUGAUUUUUGCUGUCUAUACUCUACACAUGAUGGUGCUCCAGCUAAAAUGUCGAUCAUCUGUAAAGCUUGAAUACUUUCUGCUUUCCCCAUGUGGGAUAUUUGAAUACCACAUUAUUCUUUACAUUUCUAUAUUUGAGUCUUAGCUCAUGAGAUCCUAGAAACUUCAGUGAACAUUAAUACUUUUACCUGGAAGCAGGUUCCUGAGUUUACCUUUCAUCUUGUCAGAGAUCCCCUGCCUCCAUGCAAUCAUUACUAGGUAGUCUUUGCUCUCUGUGGACUCUGCUUUAUGAUUUUUUAUGUUUUCCUCCCUGAGGGCAGAUUCCAUUUUCUUAUUAAUUUUAAAGCUAAAAACCUUUGAAAAUCGACACAGACCAUGGGUAUUGUUUUAUUAUAAGGGUAGAACCAGGUGGGAUUAUAUGAAAUAAAUCUUCUAGGUGAAGCUCUGCCUUUUUAAAAGAUUAUGAAAUAUCCUAGCUUUCUUACAAAUAAAAGAAAAAGGCUCAUACGUGCAGUAAAGAUUUUCCUACUUUUAUCAUUCAUAAUGUAUUACCGUAGUCAUGUCAAAUGUAAUCAGUUCUGCAGUUUUGUUUUUAAGUUUACAAUUUUGCAAAGAAGUUUACAGUUCAUUAAGCACUGUUAUUAUGUCUGAAACGUAUUAAAACAUCAACAGUGACGCAUUAAGCGUUUACAUGGUGAUGUUAGGAAUUUACUUUUUUGUUUUUAACCCUAUAAAUCUGCUCCUCUGAUGUUUGGACAAAAAAAAUGUUUUAAAGAUAUUCUAUGAGUGUGGAACCAAUAGUGUAUUUUUGUUUUUUGUUUGUUUUUUUGUAGUUAUUCGUGUUGAUGAUGCGAUGCAUAUUUUAUGUUUCCGUCAUUUAAAUCUCAGCUGGUAUGAGAUCAAUCAAGCUGUAAAUUAAAUGUUCAGUUGUCAAGAUCAUGCUGUCUUUUUGCAAAUACAACUACUGAAUAAGUUUUGACUUUGGGAUAUUUCCCCCAAAUAUAAAAUCCAAUUGCUGGUAAGUGAAGAAUUUUUUGUCUUUUUUUUUUUUUUGUAAAAAAACAAAAAAAAGUGAAUUACUGGGUUUUUAUUUUGUACUGUUACUGUUGGUUGUGAUGCCAUACCUUUUUAAAUGGUGAUUAGUUGUCCUGUAGAUCUCUUUAAAAGUCUAAAUAUUUUUUACAGAUACAUUUUAAAAUAAGAAGAGCCCGUAAGAAUCUGAUUGGAUCAUUAAUUACUGUUCAAGUUAAUCUUAUCCUAUUUUGUACAUGUUGUACCUCUUGUUUGUGGCACAUAAAUAUGAACAAUAAUUUAAUGUGGGAUUGUUAGUUGUUUUUGGCAGUGCUGUAUUUAGGAAACGGAAAAAAUGUUGGGAGGCGAUUUAGUGUUGUCUUCCACUGACAAUGAUAUGCAUUUCUUGAACAUUUAACCUUAUAGAUGUUUAGGGUUCAUAAUUGUUACCACCAUGUGAGCCACAGCAGGAAAAAUAAUCAGGUUUACAUUGCAGGUUCAGGAACAUCUAUGUCUUUAUAGAUGCAGAUUACUCUGAUUUUUCUGAUGUAGCUUAUUUCCUAAUGUAAACUUUUAUUUAAAAACCGGGAUUUGCAUUCUUCCUAACCUUGGCAAGGAUUUAACUUAACACAAUACCAGUGGUCUUCAGGGAAGUGGCCACUUUUAACACGUUUAAGGUUCAUGUGAGGAAGUAGCUCGUUGAUCACCCAUCCUAUCAGCACUAACUCAAUGAAUUCCUGCAUGUUUGAUUAAUUUUUUUAUUAUAACAUAAUGCAAUUGAGUGUUAUAUUCAAUCCAAUACAAAACUACUUUAUUCUGAAUUUCCCCAAAAGGGAAAUUCAUAUUGUGUGGAUUUUAACUUAAAACUUGUGUUUAGAAUGACUGUUAACAUCUGGAUGGAAAGA